AUGCAGAUCAUACCGUCGUAUCCUGCCCUCGCGAACCAACACGGCAUGACUGUCACUUCCAAAUAUGUCUCGGAUGCUUCCGUCCAGGAACAGCAUAGCAUUACCAAAUCUGGAGCGGUCUCGACGGUGAGACCUAUCGCAGAGCAGCAGGAUGCAGAUCCGUCUGUGCGCGCAGUUUCCUCCAAGAUCUUGGACAUCAUCUUCGAAUAUGCCCUGAACAAAUUCAGCGACAGCAAAGAAAGGCUUGAGGCUGGUAGGCCCAAGUUUCUGUCCGUGGUGGGCAAAUUCGUGGCUACGAGUACAAGAGUUGAGAUGUGCCUACCAGCAUUUCCUUUCAAAUCGGCAAACAAAGCUUACAAAGUGUUUGGCAUACUGCCCGACAAAGCGGAAGAGAUUGCCUUGGAUCGGCUUAAUACUAUGUGCAUCCGCAUUGGCGAGAUCUAUCAGCCUGGCGCUCAAUGCACUAUCAUCUCAGAUGGCGUUGUCUACAACGACCUAUUGAGUAUCCCCGAUCGCGACACCUGGGCCUACGGGCAGGCACUUCGACAAUUGGCCUCUGACAAAGGCUUCCAGUACAUAUCCUUUUCUAGGAUCCGAGACUUGGUCGACAUCCCCCUUCCAGCUGAGCUGCAUGAGAUUGCUUAUGUCGCUAACGCGACCAAUUUCCGACGAGCCCUUCUCAACCGUUUCGGAAAAGACGAUAUCGAUAUCGACGAAGAAAUUGAGAAAGACCCAGAUACCAAGAUGACUUACCUUGGCUAUCGUCGGUUUCUCGAAUCUGACCUAAAGCAUAUCUUUCCCGUCGGCAAUGGGCGAACAGCAAAUGCAUAUCGAAGAGAUGUUAGGUAUCUUGCGAAGCAAAUGUUGAUCCGAGGUUAUGCGUUCGCUGCUGCUGUCAAGCACGGCUUCCCUAACCACCUGCGACUGUCUAUUCAUCAAUCCACUGGUGAAUACAAGAUAUCUAUGGCCUUACUCAACACCAAGACGGGCUUUACUACCCCUUGGCACUGCUGUGUUGCCCUGACAGCAACCGGGGAAUGGACCAGUGCUCCAAAGGGAGAGUACUUGAAAGACCCAAGUAUGGAGAUUAUCCACGAGAAUGGUCGACCUAGCUACUUCCAAGAGAUUGUUGGAAGUAAUGAACCCAAGCAAAAGGCUGAGUCAGAGAGUAGAGAGGCGAACAGCAGUGAUAGUCAGAGCACUUCAUCGCUUACUGAGCUUCAAAGACCAGUCUCCUCGCCUCUGACAGAAGCAGACAGAGAAAGACUGGCUGAGCUUGCAGAACUCGUGAUAUCAGCCAGCUUCAAGCGUAACGACGACCACAUGAAGUCAGACCUCUCAGGUGUGGACAAGGCUCUAGACUGCAACGAAAACGAGCUCAGGACAGUGGCAUGGCUCAAAGAAUUAAUAAAUGUUAUGGAUAGAGGCACUGGAGGAUAUAACGAAAAGGUCGCUGGUGUAACUUAUCAAAGCAUACCAGUGAACGGUGUACGCCAGCUUUCAAAUGCCUAA